CUCACUUGAUCUUUCUAACUUAAAGUUGAGGUCAAUUAUGUUCUUCGAUCUCAAUUUUCGUAAGAUGAGUCAUAUAAACUUCAGGAGUGUGUUCCAACAUCUAUAUGUGUUGUACUUAGAUAUGCAUGCUGGGAAUGCGUCUAUAGUACCUGAUGCCAUAGGGAGUUUGUACCACCUAAAGUUGUUAAGAUUGAGAGGUAUCUAUGAUCUUCCGUCUUCCAUUGGCAACCUCAAGAAUCUACAGACACUUGUUGUCAAUGAGGGGGGAUACUCUUGCAACCUACCCCGCGAGACAGCUGACCUGAUAUAUCUAAGACAUUUAGUUGCUCUGUACAAUAUAGAACUUCUGGUACAUAUAAGCAAACUCACUAGUCUUCAAGUUCUUGAAGGCAUUGGUUGUGAUCAAUGGAAAGAUGUUGACCCUGUUGAUUUAGUCAAUCUUCGAGAAUUAACCAUGGAUCAUAUUAAGAAAUUUUACUCCCUAAACAACAUUAGCAGCUUGAAAAACCUUAGCACUCUCAGAUUAUUGUGUUAUGCUAAUGAAUCAUUCCCAUCUCUUGAAUUUGUUAAUUGUUGUGAAAAGCUCCAGAAAUUGAGGUUACAAGGGAGAAUAGAGAAACUGCCUGAUUUGUUUCCAAAUUCCAUCACAAUGAUAGCUCUUUUCUGCUCAAGACUGACAGAAGAUCCGAUGCCUAUUUUGGGAAUGUUGCCAAAGCUAAGGAAUCUCAUAUUAGAUGAAGCAGCUUAUGAAGGAAAAGAAAUAAUGUGCAGUGAUAACAACUUCAGUCAACUCGAGUUCCUUCAUCUUAGUGAACUUGAUAAGCUAGAAAGAUGGCAUUUAGGCACAAAUGUCAUGCCUCUGAUUAAAGGUCUUGGUAUCCAUGACUGUCCCAAUUUAAAGGAGAUUCCUGAGAGAAUGAAAGACGUGGAGAUGUUGAAGAGGAAUUAUAAUAAGUGGUGAAGCUUUUCAAGCAUAUAUAUAUCAUUGGUUUUAGUGUUUAAUUUCUUAUUGUUUUAAGCUUUUUGAGUGACUGUAAUUGGUUUGAACAUAAUUCGUCUACUGUAAGUUCUCUUGCUUAUCCACAUUUAUUUAAGACAAUAUGC